GUGUUGAAUGUGUAUUUUCCACGUUUAUUUUGCAGGAUGUUUGUGUUAAAAUAAUUCCCACUGACGGCCUAAUCUCUUAUCAACCUUUUUUUCGCUAUCGCAGUAAACCCGAUAUAUCCGGUGCUAGUCUAUCCUAAACCGCGCUAUCUCCGAAGGGCCGCAAGAAACCACGCUGGCGGGGCACCACGAUAACUCGGACUAGGUAUCUCAGCUAGGGCCGGCGGAGCUCCCUUAUCGCCUGUGGACUAUCUCAUCUAUGGUUAAGGGGGCUGCUACAUUGAUGCAAAUGCCACUAUCCACCUUCUAAGCCGACUUGGGCUUCCGCAGCUAGUGGUUGAACAUUGAUUUCCGUUAACAAAAACCGCCGGGCAGAACAAUUGUUCAGUUCAGGCAACAAGAAAUAUCUCGCGUCCAAUAUGGCUGUAAGUCAGGUGGGAUGGAUUGGCUUAGGGUCAAUGGGGAUUGGCAUGUCCAAGAACCUCCAGAAGUAUCUCUUACAGUCCAAUGCGCCUCCUUUGGUUUAUACCAACCGUACAUUGGCUCGCGGUGAUUCUUUGAAAGAAAUAGGGGCUAUCCCUGCAGGGAGCGUUAGCGAGGUGGCUAUGAAAAGUGAUAUCAUCUUUUCAUGCGUCAGUAACGACGAGGUUCUUCAUCAAGUUGCCGACGAAAUUGUGUCGUCCGGAGACAUAAGUAAAAAGGUGUAUGUCGACUGCUCGACUGUUCAUCCAGACACGUCAGUGGCCGUUUCCAACAAAAUCUCCCAAGCCGGAGGGGAGUUCGUCUCAGCUCCCGUUUUUGGUGCGGCGCCCAUGGCCGAGGCCGGUAAACUCAUCUUUGUCACUGCUGGACCCUCGACCGCGAUGUCAAAGAUCGCCCCCUAUCUCAAUGGUGUGAUGGGGCGUUCUGUUAUUGAAAUGGGCACCGAUGUUUCGAAGUCCAGCCUGCUUAAGAUCGCUGGCAACAUCUGUGUCAUUUCUUUCAUGGAGGUUAUCUGUGAAGCUCACGUUUUUGCCGAGAAGACAGGGCUCGGCUCUGAUAUUCUUGAAAAGAUGCUGGGUGAUAUGUUUGGACCAGUUCUAGAAAGCUAUUCGAAGAGGCUAACCACUGGUGCCUACAUACCACCACCUGGUGGGAAAGCAGGCUUCGAUGUCCAACUCGCUAUUAAGGACGCCAAGCACGCAUUGAAUUGCGCCCAAGAAGCUGGGACUAGGCUUGAUGUUAGCGAGGUUGCUCUGAGUCAUCUGGAGAAAGCAAGGAAUUUGAUGGGCGACAGGCCACUGGAUAGUAGCUCGAUAUAUGGUGCUAUAAGGACCGAAUCAGGCCUUGAUUUUUUAACAGAUCUUUGCAAGAAGCGAGAUGGUAAACCAUAGAAGUCAGCAGAACACAAUUUAGGGAUAAAUCCAUGGAGACCCUAUCUAAUUGACUACCUACCUAUAUUAACACCUGAACUUCUUCAAAAUUAAUAGGGGUAAAACACCCUAUAAUACAAUGUCUUCCCCA